GUGUCGUUGCCAUGUAGUAAUUUGAGCAAAUGUAAAAAAAGAAAAUACAACAAAAAUAAACAAGAAAACUAGACAGCGAGCGAUACGCAGAACUUUUGCAAGAAGAAAUAUUAGCGUCAAUUAAAUAAGGAAAAGGGUGCAUUUGAUAGCCACAACGAAGGCCCUAAGAUAAUCCCGAAGUGAAAACACUCAGAGCAGUGUAUUUUUGUUUUGGCCCCACGGCCCCCAAAAAGGUGGAGCAGGAGUUCGCAAAAACGGACAAUAAUGGCCACGCUAGUAAAGCCUAAAAAAGUGAAAACGAAAAAGCCUCAACGCGAGAACCAGCAACAAAGGCUGCAAGAGGAAGACGAAUGUGACGACGAGUUAUCAACAAGUAGCGUAGCUGCACCAGAACAAAGGCCGGCAGAAAAUGCUUCUCUCUUGGAAGAGUUUGAGCGCGUCGCGGCGUUGGCCAGCAGCAGCUGCAGCGGGGCCGAGACCAUCAUUAGUCACGACUGCUGCAUUUCCAGCGAUAUAUUGGAGUUGCCGACAGAGCCAGAACCCGAACCCGAACUCGAACCGGAAGCGCAGCUGGAACCGAGUGCACCCAGUGCCCCGCCCUCUAGCAGCGCCAAAAUCGUGCAGUACCCGAAUCUGCAGCCUAUGAAACUGUCCAAUGCCCAGAUCGAAGAGCAUUCAUCAAAGAUUGUGUUUCGCCAGGCCGAUUGCCAGCCAUCGGGAUUUGCCCUAGUGCGCAGUAAUCUCAAGCCACUGGACGCCGAGCAGUUGCGGCAAAUCUACGACUGCCCGGAUAUGGAGCUGGCCAAGCAGUUUGAAUUGGAAUUUCUCAUGAACUCGCUGCUGGAGACCAGUGAAACUGAUCCCCUCUAUGCGGCCCUGCUGGAGUACUUUAACCUGCAGAGCAAACUAACCUCGAAUCUACACGAUGUGGAGAAGCUGCGAAAAUCCUGUGUUGAAGCGCAGGAGCAGAUUUGGGCGCGAGAGUCGGUAAAUCGCACGUUUCGCGCUACUUGCGGUGAUGGCAACGCUGUGCAGGAGACCAUUACCUACGAAAUCAUAAAAGUUGACCAAAUCAAGUUGGAGCUGACGAAGACUGUCUUUACGGCCCUCUACGACUUGGUUUCGCACACCUACACGAACAAUCUGAUCACAGCGAAGAUAACCAAAGUGAAGAUCGGAUGAUCAGAUGAUCAAUUCUCUGCUCUCGUAUUUUAGUGUACAGGGUGCUGCAUCUUUUAUGUCGAUAUGUAAACACUGAAUAACAUUGACGCUUGUGAACCGAUUGUCUAGAGUAGGCUAUUGCUGGAAAAGUCAUUUUUAACCAUAAAUCACUUUACACCAAAAUAACGCGCUGAAAAAGUGACGCUUUACAUUAAAAAUAGUAGGUCAGUUGUUUUAA